AACAAUAAUACUCAGGAAGGUGGCCAUAAUACUGCCUUUGGUGAAAUUGUGGUUGUGGACAACUGGUCGCCAUGAAGAUCACAAUAGAACCAUCCUUUGUGCUUGGACCUUCAUGAUUGGUAUAAAUGUCGUGUCAACAUGUCCAAUUCUAAGACUACGUGGCGUUCAACCUUUAGCAAACGAUCGCCCAAUUCCAAAUCUGCCGGUCAAGAUAGCCCUCCCAGGCUUCGAAUCCUUGCUAAAGACGCUCAUGAUCUGGAAUCUAAGAGCUCCGACUCUUCUGACACUCAGAGCAGUGAUGCCGACUCCGACGACGAGCACACACUCACCGCUUUCGGCGAUAUAUCCCUUUCCGAAAGCUGUUAUAUCUCUAGCACCCCACCCAUCCACCCAUCCUCAUACAAGCCAACUCUCAAAUUGAGGGUAAGACGUCCCCCUAUGCCGAAGAAGAAGUGGAGUGACAACUAUUCUAAGAGCGUCUAUGACGAGUCGUGGUCCAUAUCACCUCCGACCCCUUCUAGCAAAGGGCAGUUUUCAUUGCUCUUGGACAAACUGAGCCCAUCGAAACCAUCCUUCACGGAGGGGAUAUCAAACAAAAAAUUUAGCAACCCACUGAAUCGUUCCAAUGGAGGUUCCAAACCACUGGAGUCAAACGAGUCGCAAGCAGGAGAUCAAAAUAUCCGGUCGAAGGGGAUGAGAAAACUCCCCGUUCGGCCACCCAUUCCCAAAUGGGAUGACAAUUAACGAAUCUGCUUUCACGCACAUUUACUUUCACUUAUUAAUAUUGCAUAUCGUCAUGUGUAUUCUAGUUAAACUGCAAGUGAAGCACUGUAUUUUCAAUGACAACAAUUUCAAAUCGUGAUAUAUCAUG